AGAGGAAAGAGUCGUUUGGAGACCUCUGGCUCCACCUGGCGGCGGGCGAGACCGGAACACCGUUACCAGCCCCUGUUGCCCACCGGAACGUGAAGGGAGAGGAACGCGCCAGGCUGGGAACGGAAGAGAGCCUGGGGGAUGUGUUUUGCAGGAGGGACGAAGUAUUCCGGUUGCUGUGCGUGUUAGUCUGUCUCACGGCGAUGCUUCCAAGGGUCUCCGCGCUCCUGCCACUUCUCCCCCUUUCCCGCCACCCUUUGUCUUCUGGAAGCCCGGAGGCAUCGACGGCUGCGUUUGUGCUGCUCGCUGCUCCGCACAGAACGGUCAGGACAAAAAAUAAUAUUCAAAGAUAUUUUGGCACUAGCAGUGUGAUCCAUAGCAAGAAAGAUGAGCAGCCUGUUCCAACCAGUGAGAUUUCCAACGAGACUUCAGAGAGCCAAGACAGUAUAAAGGAAAAUAGGAAAAAAGACUUGUUAGGUAUUAUUAAAAGCAUGAAAGUUGAAUUAAGCACAGUGAAUGUACAGACCACAAAGCCACCCAAGAGAAGACCUCUUAAAAGUUUGGGGACUACAAUUGGCAGGCUUCAGAGAACUACAGAACAUACCAAGAAGAGAAAUGAGACCCUGAAUCCUGAGCUGGUGGCAGCUGCAUCUGCUGUUGCAGAUUCCCUCCCUUUUAACAAGCAGAUGACCAAGUCAGAACUGCUUAGACAGCUCCAACAGCAUGAGGAGGACUCAAGGGCACAGAAAGAUGGAGGGAGACCUAAAAUUAGUUUUAGUAACAUAGUAUCAGAUAUGAAAGUUGCCAGAUCGGCUACAGCCAGAGUUAAUACAAGACCAGAGCAUCAGAUCCAAUUUGAUGAAGGACCUGACAGUUAUACUGGCCAAGAGAAGACCACUAAUCUUAGAAAAAGGAGAGAUUUAUUCAAGGGGAAGAGACUUAAUAUUUUUGACAGUAAGGCAUUUACUGGAGAAGCGCCUGAAACAGACACGUCACCUUCACUUUGGGAUGUGGAAUUUGCUAAGCAGUUAGCCACAAUAACUGAGCAGCCUUUUCAGAAUGGGUUUGAAGAGAUGAUCCAGUGGACUAGAGAGGGGAAGCUGUGGGAAUUCCCUGUCAACAACGAAGCAGGUUUCGAUGAUGAUGGUUCAGAAUUUCAUGAACAUAUAUUUCUGGAUAAAUACCUGGAGGAUUUCCCAAAACAAGGACCAGUUCGCCACUUCAUGGAGCUGGUGACAUGUGGCCUUUCCAAAAACCCAUAUCUGAGUGUUAAACAGAAGGUUGAGCACAUAGAGUGGUUUAGAAAUUAUUUUAAUGAGAAAAGGGAUAUUUUAAAGUAACAUGCAGUUCAAUUAAAACCAUGGAAAUUUUUAUUUCAAGCUGCUAGAGAUGGAUAUAACUAAAUAAAAUAAUUUUAUUA